UUCACGUUUGGAGCAGACGACGUGAAAAAUCGAUCCGCAGUCUCCUGACACACAGAGAGAGAGAAAGGUCAAAACAACCAUGUUUUGGCACAUUUUUCUGCUCGCUUCGGCGAUCAAAAUGAUGUUCAUCCCGUCGUACCGCUCGACGGAUUUCGAGGUACACCGGAACUGGUUGGCCAUAACGCACAGUCGACCACUGACCAAGUGGUACUAUGAGGCGACCAGCGAGUGGACCCUGGAUUAUCCGCCGUUUUUCGCCUAUUUCGAGUGGGCCCUGUCGCAGGUGGCGGCCCACUUCGAUCCGGCCAUGCUCAUCGUGACCAAUCUGAACUAUUCCUCCAUGAGCACAGUCAUGUUUCAGAGAUUCUCGGUCAUCGUAACCGAUAUCGUGUUCGCCUGGGGUGUUAAGCGGUGUAUGACCAAACUGGCCAAGACAAACAACCAAUUCGUGAUUGGAUCCGGUCUGCUGCUGGCUAACAUUGGCCUGAUAAUGGUGGACCACAUCCACUUCCAGUACAAUGGGUUCCUGUUCGGGGUGCUGCUGCUCAGCAUCAGCUACAUCCUGACGGGAAACUAUCUCGCUUCGGCGCUGUUCUUCGCCAUCCUACUGAAUCUUAAACAUAUCUUCAUUUACGUCGCACCGGUUUAUGUCGUAUUUUUGCUGCGCUUUUAUUGCUUCCGUAAUGGGGGUGCUUUAAUUAAACUAAUCAAGCUCGGCGCAGUUGUCGGAGGAGUUUGUUUGCUCUCGUUUGGCCCCUUCUACGACCACAUCCCGCAGGUACUUUCCCGAUUGUUCCCGUUCAAGCGAGGGUUGACCCACGCCUAUUGGGCGCCAAAUUUUUGGGCAUUGUACAACUUUGCCGACAAGGUGCUCUCGGUGGCGCUGGGGAAAAAAGCAUCCACGGCUUCCAACACGGGAGGUCUGGUCCAGACGUUCAGCCAUGAGGUACUCCCGUCGAUUCCACCGUCGGCAACGUUCGUCCUGUGCGCCUUGGCCAUGCUGCCUACCUUGGUCAAACUGUGGUCCCUUCGGAACGAAGCCAACCUGGCGCAGAACUUCAUCCGUGCCAUUACGCUAUGCGCCUGUUCGUCGUUCAUGUUCGGAUGGCACGUCCACGAGAAGGCCAUCCUCAUGGUCACCAUCCCGCUCACGCUCCUUUCCAUCACCAAUCGCACCGAUGCCCGGUGGACGCUGUUCCUCGGAAUCGUCGGCCAUUACUCCCUCUUCCCGCUGCUCUUCAAAUCGGACCUGACUCUCAUCAAACAUUCCUUGCACGUUGUCUACACCGGUAUCAGCGUCCUGCUGCUGCGGAACAUCCACGGAGGCCGAUUCCUAAGCAUCCCAGAACGGCUCUACCUGUACGGGUUCGUAUUCCUAUCCCUAUUCGAGAACAUCAUCUACCCGGGCUUAGACCUGGACCGAACACUCCCGUUCAUCCCCUUGAUGGCCACCAGCGUCUACUGCGCCCUCGGCGUCUCGUACUUCUGGCUAACCUACCAGAAGCACUUCAUCUCCCAAACCCCGUUCCUCCACGAUUCGACAGCAGCCCAACAACCAAAGCACCAGCAUCAGGGACAUUCGAAGACAAAAACGAACUAAACCGUGCGACCCAUUUAUAGCGUUUACAUUCCCAAAUGUAUAAACAAAUAUAUUUAUAAUUUGCGCGCCACCAACCAA